UCUGAGUCUCGUCCACUCUGCAUUGGUGUCGGUGUGCCCCACUGACAGUCGCUGCUGUCUUUUGGCGCAAGUAACAAGGUGAAAAUGAUUACAAAGUUGCAAAGCUGCGCCUACAAUUAAUCACCGACUGGCGCCGACAGCUCCACACACACACACACGAGGGCGUUUCUACAAGAAUCAAUGGUCGUUGGACAGUGAAACUAGUUUGUAUCGUGUAUUCCCCGAUCCAGGUACAUUGUUGUUCGUCGUUUCCCGUGAACGCGCCGGUAGCUGAUGUCAUUGGAACAGGUGCGCGAAACCCAAGUUCACAACAGUCGCCCUGGAUCGCGAGAGAUUACACACGGAUGUGAGUGUUUUUCUACGGCGUUUCGUUCAUCAGCCGGUAUUACGAAGCGAUUUGAGGCUGUAUUAUUUUUACGUGCCUGGAUGAAGUAGGCUAUUCAGCCUCGGCUGGUAGUUUAUUGUUAUUUCCGUGUCUUUUUCUCCUAGAAAGCGCUUGUUUGGAUCGUCUGCAGACGAUAUUGAGCGACACUUCUCGGUGAGCAUUAAGGUCUACAAUAGAUUUUGUUAUGGCAAUGAUGAGCCCCUUUACCUUCGUGUGAGCUCGUGGUUCAAUUCCAAUGUCUGUACGUGAAUUUUGACUGAAACAUCCAGGGAAUAUAUUUUUCAAGGACCGAGCGAUGCCGAGUCGGAAGUUUUAAAACGUUUCUAUUUCACCAAGACAUGGGAAUGAAGUCGCUUUGCUGUACUGCGCUUUAAACGCGUUUGCAUUAGGAAAUAACCUGCUUUUCUGUAUUUUAUUAAAAGACUCGUUUACGAAAGAGAUUAAUCAUGUCCAAGACGCUGAAAAAGAAGAAACAUUGGUCCAGUAAAGUGCAGGAAUGCGCUGUUUCGUGGGGUAACGCCGAGGAGCUCAGCGCCGUGCUGGAGAUACGCGGGGGAGCCGAGCACGGAGAGUUCCCGCACCUGGGACAGGUGUUGCCGGACGCGUUAGUGUGCCAUGUCGGCAGGCUACCUGGUCCCGGAGAUGUGCUUCUGGAGGUAAACGGCACGCCUGUCAGCGGACUGACAAACAGAGACACCCUCGCCGUCGUCCGCCACUUUCGUGAACCCCUCCGCCUGAAGACCGUAAAGCCAGGUAAAGUGUUGAACACGGAUCUGCGUCAUUACCUCAGCCUGCAGUUCCAGAAAGGCUCUUUGGACCACAAGCUCCAGCAGGUGAUCAGAGAUAAUCUGUACCUGCGCACCAUUCCCUGUACCACGAGGCAGCCUCGCGAAGGGGAGGUUCCAGGAGUGGACUAUAAUUUCAUCAGCGUGGGGGAGUUUCGUGUGCUGGAGGAGAGUGGUCUGCUACUGGAGAGUGGAACAUAUGAUGGUAAUUACUAUGGCACUCCAAAGCCACCUGCAGAGCCCAGUCCAGUGCAGCCCGACCUGGUGGACCAGGUUCUGUUUGACGAGGAGUUUGACGCGGAGGUCCAGCGCAAACGCACCACGUCUGUCAGCAAAAUGGAUAGAAAGGACAGCGCAGCUCCUGAGGAAGAGGAGGAGGAUGAGAGGCCACCCAUGGUCAAUGGGCUAACAGAACACAAGGAGGGACCGGAGUGGAGGAAAGCUGUGCCCAGCUACACACAGUCCAGUAGCAGCAUGGACUUCCGCAACUGGAACACGCUGCCACAUGAUGAGAGCCAGGAGCCUCUGCCCAAGCACUGGGAGAUGGCCUAUACGGAGACGGGCAUGGUCUACUUUAUAGAUCAUAAUACCAAGACCACGACCUGGCUCGAUCCACGACUGGCAAAGAAAGCCAAGCCUCCUGAAAAAUGUGAGGAUGGAGAGCUUCCAUAUGGCUGGGAGAAGAUUGAGGACCCGCAGUACGGGACUUAUUAUGUGGACCACAUCAACCAGAAGACUCAGUUUGAGAAUCCAGUGCAGGAAGCCAAGAAGAAACUCAGCCAGGAUGCGUCUCCGACCAGUCAGCCAAUAGCAGCGGCCGCAGGAGCAGUACCAACGCCCUUAAAUGAAGCUGGUUUAAGGGUGUUCACACGGGACCCAUCUCAGCUGCAGGGUGCUAUCCUGCGCACAUCUCUGAAGAAGAGCCCUCAGGGCUUUGGUUUCACCAUCAUCGGUGGAGACCGAUCAGAUGAAUUCCUUCAAGUGAAGAACGUCCUGAGAGAUGGACCUGCUGCACACGAUAACAAAAUCGCUUCGGGUGAUGUUAUAGUGGACAUAAAUGGUUCGUGUGUGCUGGGCAAGACCCAUGCAGAUGUUGUCCAGAUGUUCCAGUCCAUUCCUGUAAACCAAUAUGUGGAUAUGGUCCUGUGUCGCGGAUACCCACUGCCAGAGGACACUAAUUCCAGCGAAGAGGGCACAGGCGACGUAAUAUCUGCUGUGCCAGGAAUUGACGGACAACCCAUUCAUUCAGACGGGACCCCUUCCAUGCAGGACCUCCAUUACAUGACCACCGAUGGUAGACAUCCAGUUGCAGCAAUGCCCAACGGACGGUACCCAGAGGCGGGAGACAGCACCCUGCUGCAGCCUGAGCUGGUCAGCGUGCCUUUGGUAAAGGGGCCGAGUGGAUUCGGCUUUGCCAUCGCAGACUGUCCACUGGGCCAGAAGGUGAAGAUGAUUCUGGACGCGCAGUGGUGCCGAGGUCUGCUGAAGGGGGAUGUGAUAAAGGAAAUUAACAGGCAGAACGUUCAAACCCUCACCCACGCGCAGGUGGUGGACAUCCUCAAAGACCAGCCCAUGGGCAGCGAGGUCAACGUGCUGGUGCUCAGAGGAGGUCAGACCUCUCCCGUGAAGUCUCUGAAACCUAUCACUCCAGCUAUUCCCAGUACCCAGAAGCAGGACAUUGCCGCCAGUUCUGUCAGUACUGAAACUCCCAGUGCGGCUGAGCCUGGGCCCCAGUCCCUUCCUUUCCCUCCUCAUGCCAUCCGCUCCAGCUCCCCAAAACUGGACCCGUCUGAGCUCUACCUCAAGUCUAAAGCCCUGCUAGACAGCAAACCCAUCAACACUAAAGAACUGGACGUGUUUAUCAGGAGGAACCAGGAGACUGGAUUUGGGUUCAGAGUGCUGGGUGGAGAAGGACCGGAUCAGCCAGUGUACAUUGGUGCCAUUGUUCCUCUGGGUGCCGCAGAAAAGGACGGGCGUCUGCGGCCUGGAGAUGAGCUCAUCUGUAUUGAUGGCGUUCCUGUCAAAGGCAAAUCUCACAAACAAGUUCUGGAGCUCAUGACCAACGCCGCCCGCAACGGGCAGGUGAUGUUGACCGUGCGCAGAAAGCUCACCUCUCCAGAAAGAGAGGAAGAUGAUGGGGGUCAACCACAGGUCCCACAUGCUCCAGCGCUGGUCAACGGCUCUCCCAAACCGCCCCUCAUCGAGGUGUCCGGCCACAGUCACCCUCAGCCCUACGACGUCACUCUUCAGCGCAAGGACAACGAGGGCUUCGGAUUCGUCAUCCUCACCUCUAAAAACAAGCCUCCGCCUGGAGUUAUCCCACAUAAGAUUGGUCGCAUCAUAGACGGCAGUCCCACAGACCGCUGCGGUCGGCUGAAAGUGGGCGACCGCAUCUCUGCUGUGAAUGGCCAGUCAAUUAUUGAGCUGUCGCAUAACGACAUUGUGCAGCUCAUCAAAGAAGCUGGAAAUGCUGUUACCCUCACGGUGGUGCCUGAGGAGGAACACAGCGGACCUCCGUCAGGCACUAGUUCAGCCAAGCAGAGCCCAUCUUCCCAGCACCGAGCCGUGGGACAGCAGCCUGCCAACCGAGAUGACAGGAAUGGCGUAGAAACGGAAGAGAGGAAAGACACUGUGACCCGAGCAGAAUACAAAUCUGUCGUCUCCUCAGGACCAAAGCAGGGCUGUUAUCCCGUGGAGUUAGAGAGAGGACAGAGAGGUUUUGGCUUCAGUCUGCGAGGAGGGAAGGAAUAUAACAUGGGCCUCUUCAUCCUUAGACUAGCUGAGGACGGUCCCGCACUGAAGGAUGGCAGGAUACAUGUGGGAGAUCAGAUUGUGGAGAUCAACGGUGAACCCACACAGGGCAUUACACACACACGGGCCAUUGAGCUCAUCCAGGCCGGGGGCAGUAAAGUGGUGCUGCUUUUGAGGCCCGGACUUGGCCUGGUGCCUGAUCAUAAUGUUAAAGAUACAAUGACAGGUCCAUCUGCAAACUCUCCAAGGUAUUCUGCAUCCAAUGAGCCGUCGACACCAGCCUCUUCAUCCUUCAUCUCUCACUCCCCUGAGGUCAACCCCUCUCCACCUGAGGAGUUCUUCUUUGACCCGAUGGCUGCUUCGCACAGACAACUUCACCAACAUUACAGAGACGCCAAAAAGCAAACAAGAAAGAGCGACACAAGCAUGGGUCAUGACAACCAUGACAGUUUUACACUCCCCCAGAGACAGGAUGGGAAAGAACGCCCAAGGAGUCCAAAAAAGACUCUAAACAUGGACAACAAGAAUGAUCCUAGUGGACAAGUAGCUCGAUCCCCAAGCCCCAUGAAGACCAAGAAGGAAAACGCUGGGAUCAGACAGGAGUUGCCUCAAAAAGCCACUGAUGGAUUGAAGCCUGGAAGUAGAUACAAAGACGAGGACACUAUGCACAAGCAGGACAUGGAAACAGGAGAAAUCAGACCCGAGGUCUCAAGAGGUGGCAAGACAGCAGAACCUCAGCGGUCUGAAAGCAGUACUCUCAACCUGAAGGACCACAGAGGACGAGACAGGCCUCGAGGGGAAGAGGAUAUCGAGGGUGUCCCUCAAGAGACUCCCCAGAAUGGGAACCCUACCACCAAGAGAGGCCCUAUAACCCCAGGCCCCUGGAAGGUGCCCCGCUCUGCAAGGAUUCAACCUCCAGUGCAUGGAGUCUAAUGCGUUUGGGAGCAGCUAUUGAUGUCCUCCAACAAUACGAGCCUCAAAUUUUGUUUUGUGCCAAUCAGACUGCAGCUACAAACUUGUCCAUGUCUCUUUGUUCCUGUGGCGUUAACAUGAAGGAUGCUUUUCUUUGAAGGUUUAAAAUUGUCUAUUAACGUGUAUUAAAAAGAUAGGUCACCAAUAAAUGAAUAGUCUGUCAGCAUUUAUCAGCCGCCUUGAUGUUAAAAAUCCGGUAUGACUGCAAAACAAAAGAAGAUAUUUUGAAGGAUGUUUGCCACUAAACCAAUUUGGUUACCAUUGACUUCUAUUGUAUGGACCAUUAAAUCUUUGAACUUCCACAGAAGACAGACAGACACACAGACAUACAAUGACUUUUCCAGAGAUACAACGGUCCUCAAGAUCCAGUCCUGAGAAGUGACUUUGUGUAGGCUGUGCAUUAUUUUUCUUUUGGUGGUGAAUUUCUGACAUAUCCAUCUUUAAAAGACCAGAAACUUGUGGUUAAGUAUAUUGUUUACUACUUGUGUGUUGAUAAAGACGCAUAUGUAAUUUAUUGAAAUGAUUAUGAUGAUAUAAACAAAUACAUGUAUAGAGGUAUAGAGAUUUGUAUCCAUUCUGAUACGUCUUUCGGCUUCCUAACAAACACAUAUUUUUUCACAGUGCUAUAGCUUUUACAGUUAAUCUCGGUGGAGCAUUUGCAAGGUUGUACAUUUGGGAUCAAAUGUUUGCUCAUAUCAUUAGAAGGUGAAGCAGAACUAUAGGAGAAAUUCAGAUAUAUUUUUGCAUACUAUACAAUCAAACAUUAUAUUUUUUCUUAUUCUUUUUAGCACAUCGAAUGAUUCAUACUGCAUUGUUUUCCCAAUAUUGGGACUUCAUAUUCAUUCAAAGUGUCUUUAUGCGUCUUUCAGACCAUCCUAUAAAAUGUCAAGAUGCUGUCUUAUAUCCAAGGGAAAUGUAGCUCUGAAUUAUGUUAUUCAUCAGGUUCUUAAAGCCUCAAACAACUGGCACAGAUUUAGACACAAGAUAUAACAAUGUCCAAUAUCUUUUUUCCAUAACAGUAUUUUUGAAAUACCAUAAAUAUUAAGUGUCCAUAUGGGCAGAGCAGACAUCAGUCAUACAUUACAUAUGCUACAGCGCUUCUAUAAUUUGUCAUGAUGAAAAAUGUGAAUACUUUUGUAAUAAGGUUCAUGAUUGCUUCUUGAUCAUUAAACGGGUCGUGAACUGCCUAUUUUUAUUUUGUAUGGUUCUAAGGUCCACUUAUAAUGUUCUCAAGAUUUUUACAUCAAAAACAUCAUAAUUUAGCAGUAAUAGGCUAUUUUCUUUCCUGCUUUGACCCCCCUCAUCAGAAAACUCUGUUUGAAUUCACUGGCUUCGAUAUAAGCUGUUUUUAGAAUCAUGAAGAAGUUUUGAGUUCUGAAACUUGCAGGAUGUUUUUAUAGUACAUCAGCCUCUUAUGUCAAAAGAUCAAGGGAAUUUUGAUUUCUCAGUUCAUGACCCUUUUAAAUCUUCAAAAUUUUGUAGCUUGUUUCUCAAGUGCAAUGAUCCUCAAACACUUUCCUGCAGAGCUUAGCUCCAACCAUAAUAAAACAAACAUACCUGUGGUUUUCUAAUGAUCCUGAAGACACUGAUUAGCAAACUCAGGGUUGUUUGAUUUAGGGUUAGAGCUAAACUCAGCAGGAAAGUGGAUGUCGCUAGCCAGAUUUGAGGGUCACUGCUCUUGUGCAUCUCAUGUCAUGAGGUUGUAUGUAUGAUACUGUGGCCUUGCAUUGCUUUAUCUUACACAAAAAAGCCUUGUGGUCUCUACAUUGUGGUAGUUGUAAAUGUUUAUAUAAAAAAAAUAAUACAAUGUACAGCACCUGUAUAAAAUUGCCUUUGUGAGGGGAAAAACAAGAGAAAAAAAAUCUAUAAAUCGCCCCAUUAUUUUUUUAAGUAAUUGAGAGUAUAAGCAUAUAUAUAGAGAGAGCGAAUGGUUAAAGAAAUGAAUCUGGUCAUGACCUUCUGUUCAUGCACUGAUGAAUAAAGAUUUACUGAAAA